AUGAGGUAUAAGAGGUUGUACUACGUCUACUAUGUGAUUAUGGUGUGUUUGGUUUUGGUUUUUUAGGUUCUUGUUGUAGGGUUUUGAAGGUUAUGUUGUGUUAGAAGUUGUGGUGAUUACGGAAAGUGUCCUAACAUGUUAUAAUACAAGUUAUGAUGUAAAGCCAGUCAAUAAUAACCUUCUUAAGACUAAAACAUCUUUUUAGAUCCUCUGCAUAUUGGCGUUAACAUUCCAAACAGCUGACUAUGUCGAAGAAACAGUCGAUUCCUUACUGACCGAUCCACGACAACUUGGCUCCGAAUACGACAUCUGGCAAACGUACGAUGAAGGGGUACGCAGAGUGAUCAAGAUUGGCGUUAUGUACUUUAUGAUGCUGGUCCAUUUGAUGAUCUUCUACGUUUACCGCGACUAUUGCUUCGUUUGUGAUUAUCCAAAAGGCUAUGAACAUAGUUAA